AUGGACGCAGAUUCUUCACUUUCUGACAUGGGGAUCGACUAUUCAUUCGAUGAUGACGAAGAAAACCCCCUAUCUACAGAAAUCACUGCUGCUCCAACAAGACAGAGAAUAAUUUGGGAAGAAUGGGGCCAGUGGACUCCUUGUGAUCGAACAUGCGACGAAGGGCAUCGAGAGCGAUUCCGAACUUGCCAAGAUCGUGAUCUCUGUCCGACUGGAAGCUAUGAAACUGAAGAAUGCGACCUUGGCUACUGCGCUAGAAUGACUGGUUGGUCCCUUUGGACUCCUUGUUCGGCAUCAUGUGGAAAGGGAAAUGUUCGAACGAGGAAAAACUACUGCGAUCGAAUUGGAAACUAUGGAAAGGUCUGCCCAGAGGUGAAAAAUAUGACUGACGUUCUUAUCGAGAAAGAACCGUGCCUUGCCUCUGAAUGCCCCUAUUUUGCUCAAUGGUCUGUUUGGUCUAGCUGCGAAUUUGAUGGUCCUUGUCCUUUUACUGGUGGAAGAAAUCGAACAAGAAAAUGCAACUUCGGCUCUGUUGGCGACGAAGGGUGUAUUGGAGAUUUGAUAGAGCUAGAGAUCUGCCACCAUGACGAUUGCGGAUACUGGUCGGAAUGGGAGCCCUGGUCAAAAUGCACGGCAACAUGUGAUGCUGGAAAGCGAGCUAGGCAAAGGAUCUGCAUCAACGGCAAAAUUGGUGAUGUAGGAUGCCCUUACGACGAAGAAACUGAUUUAGAACGAUGUAAUGAUCAGGCUUGUCCUAAAUGGUCAGUUUGGAGCUCAUGGUCAGAAUGCGAAUCAGAAUGUGGCCCUUCUCUGACAUCAAAGAGUCGAGUUUGCCUUGGUGCUCCUUUUGGAUCAAAUGAAUGUCCAGGGAUUUCUGAAAAGACAAAAAUCUGUGAAUCAAAAUGUCUUUCAAGCCAGAAAUGCGAGGAAAAUGUCUGCGUGUGCAAUGAAGGAGCUGGCUGGGUACUCGAUACUGAUCUAGACGAAUGCGUUCGCCCGCAACCUUGUCUAGAAUGCCACGACAACGCUGUCUGUAAUGUUGAUAUGGCGACAUGUCACUGUAACAAUGGCUAUGAAGGCGAUGGAUACAGAUGUUUCGACUACAACGAGUGUGCUCUUAAACUUCAUAACUGUGACGAACUGGCAAAAUGCAAGAAUACAGAGGGAGGUUAUGAAUGUAUUUGUCCAAAUGGGUUCGAAUCUGAUUCUACGGGCAACAAAUGUCUUGAUAUCAAUGAGUGCUCUAGAGGAACUCAUAAUUGCCACGCCCCGGAAGAUUGGGCCGCGACGGGAGAAGAAACAAGGGUCAAAUACGGACUCUACAGUUCCACUUGUACGAACAAAAUCGGUGGGUUUGAAUGCGAGUGCCUUGCGCCAGAGUUUUACGGAAACGGAACUCACUGCGAACAAGCGGCUCCGUCAAUUAUGGCAGCAGCCGUUUAUCAAUUAGGAAAGAAACUGGUUGUAGAGGACAAUGCUCGUAGAACGAUUGAUAUCGACACGUGUGGCGCAAUUGACGGAACAAUCGAAGUAUCUGUUCUGCUCGCUGGCAAGGCUCCGUUCAAUAUAGAAGUAGAUACUAUUGCCAAUCCAUAUGCUGUGACUGCUCUGAAUAACGUCAUUUUUGAUUCUCCCUUUGAAAUGCGUCUGAGAAUAGAAGGCAUCACCUCCGAGCCACUGCAUGUUGACGAUGAAAUUUAUUUGGUGAAUGUUUCCGACUAUCAGUACAGUACCGAAUUCAAAGGAAGCGAUCUGCCUAUCAAAGCAAACACAACGACUCAGUUCCAACUUCGAAUUGGAAAUCGAAAAUGCCUUCAGCUUUCCAAAUUUUCAACAGCAAAGUCGGUUAACUCAGAUUCCUUGCUUUACCAAAAAUUUGUCAUUACAAUCGACAAGCCUUCAUCAUCGCCCAUCUUUGGACAUAUUAUCAAGAAACUGCAUCUUUUGAGCGAAAGCUUCUUUCAGAGCGACUUUAGAUUUCUCGCGACCGAGACGAUUGGAAUCAGAAGUAUUGGAAAUGCAACUUCAAUAGACAGUGUUUUCAUAUUUGAAUCUGACGAUGCAGCGACAAACGCAAAGUCUGUCCCUGAAAUAACAAAAGACUUUGUGGCAAUUUUCUUGGAUUACGUUGUCGAAGAAUUUGCGCUCAAUCGAGAGUCUGUAAAAAUCGAGCUUCUUGGUGAAGCAAAAUCGCCUUCUGGAGUAUUUUUGAUUCUUCUCACCGCUGUAUUUGGCAUCAUAAUAAUAAGCGCGUCGAGUUUUAUUUCCUUCUGCACUUGGCCGACGAAUUUCACAGUCUUGAACGAAUCUGGAAGAACGGAAGCAGACAGUCAAUCUGUGAUCUCUUUCUUGUCCGGGCCGCUCAUUUUACUACUCGAGGCUACAGUGACAAGUUGGGUUUGGGUCGACUACUCCUCUUUUGGAGCGCCAUUUUUGACCAAAUCUGAAGCACUCAGCACUUGUUUACUCAUAAGCGCUGUUUUUGGCUUGGUUUUCUUGAUAUUUUUCUGCAUUUGUAAUGUUAUCCGAGCGAGAUAUGCAGCGGAACUUGUCAAUUUGCAUUUCACUUUUGAAGUGACGAUUUAUUUAGUAAUAUUAAUUCUUUUCCAGCUUCCUUCAAAUUUCUUCGUCUACUUCUACUCCGUCCGUUUCAAAAACCCUGCUUCACCAAUGCCUACUUCCUACAUCAUCAAGCCGCUGCCGAUGUUCAUUUCUUGGCUCUUACUCAUCACGACCACAGUCCCGAAAUUCGUCGACUACCUCCACAUUUCUCGCAGUUUCUGUACGAAAAUGCAUCUUUCGGCGAUGGUUUUCAUGAUGCUCCUUUUUUCUCCCGUCGGCUCCCUUGUUCAACUUAUCAGUACUGUCUUCACCUCCCAGACAGUAACGAUCGCCGAGAGUUUCAACCAUAAAAGGACAGUAGUCGACGGACUGAAGCUUCAAAAUGCACUGAGUUUGCUUGACUCAAUGGAAAAUAUUCAAAAUCAUUAUGGAGAAGACCCUCGGCUUGUUCGACCAACCGAUUAUUUGAUGGAGUGGUACUCAAAUCGGCAUUACAAUUGCGUCUAUCAAUCAAAUAUGAACAUCUACGGGAUGCCUUUUUCCAAUGACUGCCUCAAUCCUUUCGACUGGAUGAUUUUGAUAACUUCAAUUGGCCAAAUCUGUGCAGUUUAUGCAUUCUGUUAUUUUUUCAAUCGCCUGCUCAAUGUCAUUCAGCAAAUUCGAAAUGUAUAA